CUCACUAACUCUCUAGUUACCAAUUUUCUCUCACUAAAUCAGAAAUGCCGCCGUCGUUACCGUCUCUGCAACUCCGACGGCUUCUCCUCCGUAGCUUCAUUUCCUCCUCCUCCGUCAAUACUCUUCAAUCUCAGCCCCGUAUCAUUUCUUCCAAGCCGUUGUUUUCUCCUCUUCCCCCUUCCCGUUCCUCUAUAUUCUCAACAUUUCCUUCUAGAUUCUUCUCAUCUGAAACGAAUGCGGAAUCGGAAUCUUUGGAUUCGAAUGAGAUCGCUCUCUCUUUCUCGAAGGAGCUCACCGGGAAUCCAGACGCCGAGUCUCAAACCAUUUCGCAGAGAUUCAAUCUCAGCUUCUCCCACAUCACGCCUAAUCCCGAUUUGAUUCUCCAAACUCUUAAUCUCUCACCGGAAGCUGGUCGCGCGGCUCUAGGUUUUAACGAGUGGUUAGAUUCGAACUCUAACUUCUCUCACACCGAUGAAACAGUUUCGUUUUUCGUCGAUUACUUUGGCCGUCGGAAAGAUUUCAAAGGAAUGCUAGAGAUCAUCUCGAAAUACAAAGGUAUCGCCGGAGGUAAAACACUAGAAUCGGCGAUUGAUAGGCUUGUUAGAGCUGGUAGACCUAAGCAGGUCACUGAUUUCUUCGAGAAAAUGGAGAAUGAUUAUGGUUUGAAACGUGAUAAAGAAUCACUUACCUUGGUUGUGAAGAAGCUUUGUGAGAAAGGACACGCGAGUAUCGCAGAGAAGAUGGUGAAGAACACUGCUAAUGAAAUAUUUCCUGAUGAGAAUAUAUGUGAUUUGUUGAUUAGUGGAUGGUGUAUUGCUGAGAAACUCGAUGAAGCAACUAGGUUAGCUGGUGAAAUGUCUAGAGGAGGAUUUGAGAUAGGAACCAAAGCGUAUAACAUGAUGCUUGAUUGUGUUUGUAAGCUUUGUAGGAAGAAAGAUCCUUUUAAGCUUCAACCUGAAGUAGAGAAGGUUUUGCUGGAGAUGGAGUUUCGUGGUGUACCUAGAAACACAGAGACUUUCAAUGUGUUGAUUAACAAUCUUUGUAAAAUCAGGAGAACUGAAGAAGCAAUGACAUUGUUUGGUAGGAUGGGUGAAUGGGGUUGUCAACCAGAUGCUGAGACUUAUCUUGUUCUGAUUAGGAGUUUGUAUCAAGCAGCGAGGAUCGGUGAAGGGGACGAAAUGAUCGAUAAGAUGAAAUCAGCGGGAUAUGGUGAGCUUUUGAAUAAGAAAGAGUAUUACGGGUUUCUCAAGAUAUUGUGUGGGAUUGAGAGGCUUGAGCAUGCGAUGAGUGUGUUUAAGAGCAUGAAAGCUAAUGGAUGCAAACCUGGGAUCAAGACUUAUGAUUUGUUGAUGGGGAAAAUGUGUGCGAAUAACCAGCUGACUAGAGCUAAUGGUUUGUAUAAAGAAGCGGCUAAGAAAGGAAUCGCUGUUAGCCCUAAGGAAUACAGAGUAGAUCCACGGUUUAUGAAAAAGAAGACCAAGGAAGUGGAUAGCAAUGUUAAGAAGAGGGAGACUUUGCCUGAGAAAACCGCGAGGAAGAAGAAACGGCUCAAGCAGAUCAAUAUGAGUUUUGUUAAGAAACCGCACAAUAAGAUGAGACGGAGAAUGUGAUGCUGAUGAAUCUUCAACAUCUGAUAGAAUUUUCUAAAGAUUAUUGUCUUUGUUCUUUCCUUUUUAAGAUAUUGUCAAGAGUACUCAUCAUUUUGCUUGAUCAUGAGCAAAUUGUCCCAAUAAUCUUUUGUUUUGUCUCAGUGUAACGUUUACUAAGAGUUCAUGCUUGGCUCAAGAAUCGGAGGUAAAAUUAGGUUUCUUGGUUAAUUGAAUGCUUCUCUUGUACAUCCAAGUUGAGUUUAAUUAUAACGGAUCAAGUCAGCUAAUCUUUGUUAAUUAUCUAAUAUAUUAAAGUUAAAACAAGAUCCCGUGUAUAAAGGCAUAUCAACGUGCA